GCUUGACCAAGCAUGAACUCCGCCAAGAACUCAAAAAUUCUGGUCGUAGUCCUCCUCCAAAUGGUGGUCCACAUCCAGGGAGGAGUAUACAACACGGAGGACAACUGGGCUCUUGUGGACAGGACCAGGGAUUUGCCAGAGGAGGCUGUUCUGGGCGGCUAUGACCCCGAGGGUUACUACAACUACGUGGGUCGAGUGACCUACGUCAGCAGCAUUCUGCCCGCCCGAGUGGUUGCGGAGCUGCAAAGGGCCACAUACAAUACGGACACGUUGAAUUUUGCAACUGUUAAUUAUGAGGUGCUGGUGUCAAAUGCCACCGUGAGCUACCACUGGAUCCGCAGUUUCGAUGGCUACCGGGAGAAGAACGCCGUAUCCGUUGGAACUGACACCGUUAACAAUCGCGUUUUCAUCUGCCGAAUCCACUGCGAUGAUGCACUCUUCAUUGGAACCCUUUACCUUUCGAAGCGGAAGUGCAUCGUUAAAUACGACAACUUGCCGGUCCGUGAGUUCGACAAGUACGAAAUCUUGGUCAGAGAACGACAUGUGGUGCCGCUUCUACCAAACGAUAUUUAGAUGGACAUUUAACAUUGAUUGCUAGCAAAU